AUGCGAAUGUGCGGCCGUAUUGACCCACAGAGAUCCAUGCAACGUUUCACAGAGUGGGGGACUUUCGCUUACGAGAGCAGGUCGCUCAUGAUGGUUCGACAAUAAUAGUUAUCUUUGAGCAUUUGAGCCCAAUAUAUUAUGCAGAAUAGCUUCAUUUAAAAGCUCGUUAGCUCAUUUGCUUCCCUCUUUAGCAAUUUUGCAGAUUUUGAUGACUGCUAUUUCCUUGGAUAUUACGUAGAUAUUAUACUUGUAAAAACUUGAAAAUUCCACAGAUUGCCGGCUAAGUUUAGCAACCUCGGCUUUAAACUUGUGAACUCAAUCUAGAUCUAUCUUCUUUCUUUAUUUCAUAUAAUUAUGAGAAUAUGUCUAGCCGAUUUUUUGAAAACCAACCUAACGAAAUUUGCAGUCAUUUGAGUGAAAAAGCGUCAAAAGGCAGGUUUCUUAAGCCCGAGAAGCUCCAAAAUCAUAGUAACGAAGGAAAAGGCUAGUAGAAAAAGAAAGAGCGAGGAGAAGAAGAAGAAGAAGAAGAAGAAGAAGAAGAAGAAGAAGAAGAAGAAGAAGAAGAAGAAGAAGAAGAAGAAGAAGCAGAAGCAGCAGCAGCAAUGGUUUCAGUCUUAGUUUAUAUAAUAGCUACUUGGGAAAUAGUUUUUGGCCGAAAAAAUUGUUCGACACAAAAGGUCCGUUUGGCGAUAACGUUAUCAAAAAGCCGGCUAGAUGUAUAAUUAACUAAUUAAAAGUGCAGUUUCUAAAACCCAUUAAAUAAUACAGAACACGUUCGAUAAAUAAGAUGUACCGAUCUUUUGAACGACCUUAAUGUCAAUUUAUUACAUUUUAUAAACGUUUUACUGAAACAUUUAUAUCUUUCAAUUUAGCGGCUUGGGUCAAGAUAACUCUGCUUCCCUUAACCUCUCGAAAUAUUCGGGCAACCUCACAGUACUACUCGAUUCAUUUAAGCGAGCUGGUUUUGCGGAUGCAACUCUAAAUGAGUACAAUUUACGACCAUGUCCACUUGGUACUUUUGUAAACGUAAGUCGUCUAGAAUGCGUCGAAUGUCCUGCAGGUAAAAUAUAUAUUGUGUUACAUGAUUAUUAUUGGAGCUUUUUCUUGUCUUAUGGGUGAUGAUUAAUUCAAAUCACAAGCAGCAGUGGUAGAAUUCGAGGGCGAAUUAAGCGCUAAUAAUUUUAAAAGUGAUGAAACAAUUGCUGUAAGAUUUUUCAACAUUUUCAAAAUCGUCCCCGAGUUACAUUAUUUUAUUUAUAUUGUAUUGCUACUAGAAAACUAUUUAUUUAAUAGUUUUCUCUUUGUAAAAAUUUGUUGUGACACAUUGUGAGCUGAAUUUAUCAGUUAAACGGUCUACUUGUCUUUGAAUUGCCCAAGAAGAAUGUCAACAAGAUGGCUGGAUAUCAAUUGGCCUUGCUCUUUCUUUCUGGCGUUUUAAUGACUUCGACAAUAGAGAGGUUAAGCAGCACGUUUACAUCUAACGGCAAACGCGAAUUUGAAUCAGGUGAUCAAGUUUCCCAACAACAAUAUAUCCUUUAUUUAAACACGAAAGGAUUUAAAGGUCAAAGCUUGUGGGGUCGUGUAAAAGUGAUAACAAAUGAAUAUAGAACUAUAAUAAAAAUAGGGAUAACAUUACUUACAAUAUACAACUAAAACAGAAACUCUAAAAAUAUACAGUAAGAUUUAAAAAAAGAUGCGAUGUUAAAAUGAAUUUAAAUUAGUUACCGCUAAGUAAUUUGACUACAGCAUUUAAAACAUAAAAUAGUUAAAAACAUUUAAACUCUUGGUAGUGCCUAGGCAGCGACUGGACCGACUGUGCGCUAAAAUCAAGUUCCUUAAAAUGAGAGUCCUUCUUCACUUUGCGAUAAAAAACAGUAAACUGGCCUGUAAGAUGAGUCGAGAACCGCAUUCCAAAGAAUAGCGCCUCUAUAGCUAACAGAGUUUUUAAGAAACUGCGAGUUAAAACGCUGGACAAUUAUGUUAUUACUACUUCUGAAAUUGUACGCAGUGCAAGAUUUAUUUGUCAAGUAUGAAAGAGCCACAGGUGCUAAACCGAUAAACACGCUAUGGAGUAGUUUAGCUAAUUAAUAAUUUUAUAAUAUAAGUAUUAAAGUAUUCCAAUUCAAAAUUCUGUAUAUUUCAUCAGUAGGCACAUCGCGGGGCAAGUUGUAUAUUAUUCUGGCAGCCCUACAAUCAAGUACUUCCAGUGAAUGUGCAAGGUCCGCAUUAGGGCAGACGCCCAAAACAACCAAGUCCAUACAAAAAUGAUGGUAAUAUUAUCUUGGAGUACAAGUCNUAAUAAAAAUAGGGAUAACAUUACUUACAAUAUACAACUAAAACAGAAACUCUAAAAAUAUACAGUAAGAUUUAAAAAAAGAUGCGAUGUUAAAAUGAAUUUAAAUUAGUUACCGCUAAGUAAUUUGACUACAGCAUUUAAAACAUAAAAUAGUUAAAAACAUUUAAACUCUUGGUAGUGCCUAGGCAGCGACUGGACCGACUGUGCGCUAAAAUCAAGUUCCUUAAAAUAAGAGUCCUUCUUCACUUUGCGAUAAAAAACAGUAAACUGGCCUGUAAGAUGAGUCGAGAACCGCAUUCCAAAGAAUAGCGCCUCUAUAGCUAACAGAGUUUUUAAGAAACUGCGAGUUAAAACGCUGGACAAUUAUGUUAUUACUACUUCUGAAAUUGUACGCAGUGCAAGAUUUAUUUGUCAAGUAUGAAAGAGCCACAGGUGCUAAACCGAUAAACACGCUAUGGAGUAGUUUAGCUAAUUAAUAAUUUUAUAAUAUAAGUAUUAAAGUAUUCCAAUUCAAAAUUCUGUAUAUUUCAUCAGUAGGCACAUCGCGGGGCAAGUUGUAUAUUAUUCUGGCAGCCCUACAAUCAAGUACUUCCAGUGAAUGUGCAAGGUCCGCAUUAGGGCAGACGCCCAAAACAACCAAGUCCAUACAAAAAUGAUGGUAAUAUUAUCUUGGAGUACAAGUCCAAUAGUGCUUUUCUGCCCAAAAACGAUCUCCUUUUCAGGAGGUUCAGUUUGUGAACAAAAUUCUUUUUUACAUCUGUAAGCUAGUGUGACCAGGAAAGCCUGUCAUCAAUAGUGUUAUGCCCAAAAGACGAGUGUGUUUCACCCACUCGAUCCGAUCCUCUCCAACAGACACAGAAUUUAGAGGCCCAAUGUGCGGUUUUCUCAUUAAUAACAUAGGUUAGCACUUAACUGAGUGAGGAGUUAAAGAGUUCUCUAAGCACCAACUAUUCGGUUCCGAUAAAGCUUUAUUUACGAAGUGACAGUGUUAUCAACAGUGUCCCCUAUGCAAUAAAAGGUGGUGUCAUCCGCUUACAUAAAGACAGAGCCAGAGGUAACAGCACUUGGUAGGUCAUUGGUGUACAAGGCGAACAACGUUGGGUCCAGUACUUCAGCUUUAAUUGUCGUUUACUUUUCAUUAUUUCAACACAAAUUAGUAGUUUCAUGGAAUUUUUUAUCCAUAAGAAUUGUUUUGAGCUGUUUUUAUCUGCUCAUUUUCUAUUUUGAGAAAUUCUCAACUUGAAUCUGCCGUUUACCGUUUGCCGUAUACGUGAUGCUCAAACUCUCUUUUGUCCCGGUUCAUAAAAACGCAAAAACUGGUACUAACUUUCCCAGUAUCCAGCCAGCCACAUUUAUUGGACUGUUAAUACGACCAGAUGCUAGCUUUUUUUUCUUAUGUUAUGCAAUAGUCAGGGGCGGACCUAGGGGGAAGGUGCAGGGGGUGCGCACCCUCCCCUGAGAUGACCUGCGGUUUUCUAAUACAACUGGUAUUCUGCCAAAAAAAAAAAAACUACGUUGCUUAUUGGCGUUGAAGAAGAGCAAGAGACGAGUGCACCCCCUCCUAAAAAAAAUCCUGGAUCCGCCCCUGAUAGUAAAGUCCGUCCACAGAAACCAAUCAUAUUAAGGGAAUUCUACGUUAUUUGUAGGUCAUGGAAUUUAAAAAGGAACGUCGGACCAAAAACCAAGGAUUUUGUAACCUGGCAAUUUUACCCCAAACUAACUACUUUUUGUCGGCUCUGUAGGUCCAUUUUAGUCAUAUUUUGGGACUACAAAUUUAAAUUUAUUUCAAGGACACUUUCACUCUAAUUACACUUUCUUAUAGGAGGCUUCUAUUCGGAUACCAUAGCGUUUGUCAAUGACAGCUGCCUCAGAUGUCCAAAUGGAACUUUUGUGCCAUACACUAAGGCGCCUGGUAAAAGCGCCCGUGAGUGCGUUGCUUGUCCACAAGGUAAGCAUAUUUUGUAG